AUUAUUCCUUCGUAAAAGCAACCCAACUUAUAAGUAAUCAGAGCGGAGACUCGUGAUUUUUAUGGCUUUUGAGCAAAAUUUGAAUCAAAAAGUGAAUAUAAUUAAAUUUAAAAUCAAAUAAAAUGUAGCAGAAUCAGAGUUAUACAAAAAUAAAGUGCCUAUUCAAAGGAUACGCAGGCAAAGUAUACCUGAUUGAAAGAAGAUCAGAAAAUGAUCCUCCCAAUAAGAAACACACUCCUUUGGUGUUGAAAAGAUAUUACAGAAAACCAUCAGACCCUCAGGAUCACACUUAGUUAAAUGAAUACAAGUUUUUGAGCACCCUACAUCACCCCAAUAUCGUCAAUUUUUUAGAUGCUUUCACCGAAAAAUUUGAAUACAAAAAAUACUUGUGUUUAACGAUGGAAUACAUGCCACCACUUCAUGAACUCUUACACUCAAUAAACGAUAGACAACUCUACAUCUUUAAAGAGCUCUGUUAGGCUUUGAACUAUCUCCAUUAAUAAAAUAUCCUCCAUAGAGAUAUUAAGCCUAGCAACAUCUUUGUUACAACAGAAGGACAAGUUAAAUUAGGCGAUUUUGGCAUCUCCACUUAGAUGAGAGAUUUAAUGACUCCUCAGACUUGCACCAAGAAUUACAGAGCGCCAGAAUUAUUCUUUGGACUGAAAGAAUACGAUGCUUCAAUUGAUAUUUGGUCACUUGGUUGUACGCUGGUAGAAUUAUUUACAGGCAAAAUUUUAUUUGAUGGAAGAUCAGAAAUUGAGAUCAUGUCUUAGAUAGCUGAACUCUUGGGAAGUCUGAAUGAUUCAAAUUGGGAAGGAGUCUCAUCUUUGCCUAUGUAUUUGGAAUUUGUUAAUGACAAGCAACCAAAACUACCAAAAGUCUUAUCUUAGUUGCCUAAAAAUAUACAGCCUUUAGUUGACCAUAUGUUGAGGAUGAAUCCUAAGGAAAGACCAAGUAUUAAAUAGGUUUUACAACAUUUGAAUGAAAUGGAGAUUGAAGAUUGCUCAACUUAAUUAGCAAUUAUUGCUCAGAAUGCAAUGAGUGCGAGUAAUAAAAUUAAAUUUCAAUAAGUGAUAUGA